AUGGUUGACGAGGACGGUUAUGACGACGACGACGACGAUGAUGAUGACCACGAGGACGCAUCCGGGGAGCAGAUGGAUGGGAUAUGUUUAUGCAGAUGGGACUCCGUCGAGACAGCUUGGAAGUGGAUCGCAGGUAGUCCAGACGCAGAGGACUUGCGAAUCAUUAACAACACCUUCAACGAGUUAAUCAACGAGACCAACAAGCAGAUACAAAUCAACCAUGUUAUAAAUGAAAGGAUUACGAAAAUCUCGGACACAGUGAAUACACUGAUCGAUCAUCAUACAACUUUGAACACCAUACUACUGAAGGAUAUAGACGCAAUAAUCUUACUUCUAUCCAUGGACGCAACAAACAAUAUUCUUGAAGACAUCGAAGACGCCAUUCUACGAGCCCGAGUUUCAUUACCGAACAGCAAGCUACUAACAAUCAAGGAAAAUUUUUUGAUAGAAUCUAUUCUCAAAAAGCAAGGAAUUGCGACAAGGUUUCCUGAAGACGCACUAAACUAUGCCACCCCGAAAAUAGCCAGUACCAAUGAGAUGAUGCUCUACAUUCUAGAACUUCCACAGACGAAUGGAGAUUGUAAGAUUUUCGAAAUUUUACCUUUGAUCACAAAUAACACGGUUCUAACGAACACCCCCAACUACGUGAUCAAGUCUAACAAGAAGCUUUUUACAACAAACCAUCCAGAAAACGCCGUUCAGCAACUACACGAAGCAAAACCAUUCAUCGACUCUUGUGUAUACCCGAUAAUUAUGGGAAUGCUCCGACAAUGCUUGUCCCGUAUUGACUGGAAUGUUUUAGAUCGCCUGGACAUCGAAUCAGCUGUCGACCGCUUCAACUGA